GGCGCCUGGCGGCAGGAUGGGCUGUAUCCAAAGCAUCACCUGCAAGGCGCGGAUCCGACGCGAGAAUAUCGUGGUGUACGAUGUAUGCGCCACCAUCGACCAGUGCCCCACUCGCAUCGAGGAGACCUCGCCCAUCGUCCUGCGCUACAAGACCCCCUACUUCAAAGCCUCGGCCCGCGUGGUCAUGCCCCCCAUCCCCCGCCACGAAACCUGGGUGGUGGGCUGGAUCCAGGCAUGCAACCAAAUGGAGUUCUUCAACACCUACAGCGACCUGGGCAUGUCAAGCUGGGAACUGCCUGACUUGAGGGAAGGGAGAGUAAAAGCCAUCAGUGACUCAGAUGGGGUGAGCUACCCUUGGUAUGGGAACACCACAGAAACUGUGACCCUGGUUGGCCCCACCAACAAGAUCUCCAGGUUCUCCGUCAGCAUGAAUGACAACUUCUACCCCAGUGUGACAUGGGCAGUGCCAGUGAGUGACAGCAACGUGCCACUGCUCACGAGGAUCAAGAGGGACCAAAGUUUCACGACGUGGCUGGUGGCCAUGAACACUACUACGAAGGAGAAGAUCAUUCUGCAGACCAUCAAGUGGAGGAUGAGGGUGGACAUUGAGGUGGACCCUCUUCAGCUCUUGGGACAACGGGCCCGGCUGGUGGGCAGGACUCAGCAGGAGCAGCCCCGGAUCCUGAGCCGGAUGGAGCCCAUCCCCCCCAACGCACUAGUGAAACCCAAUGCCAACGAUGCCCAGGUCCUCAUGUGGAGGCCCAAGCGGGGCCCACCCUUGGUCGUGAUCCCGCCUAAGUAGAAGCCGACUGGUCUGACUCUGUGGGGAGCACUCGCUGCUGAGACACGCAGUGAGCUUGCCAGGGGUGGCAGGAGCCAAACUGAGUUUCUGAGCCAAAGCAGCCCUCUCGGUUUGUCAGCCUUUGCAGCCACUUGUCAAGAGUAGGGCUGCCUUUUGGGUGGUAGAACCAUAAUCCUUAGGAAAAGUCCCUUCCUUUUAGGAGUAAAUGAAAUCACUGAUUUGA